ACACAGAUAGACAGACAACAUUCUGUCAAGACUUGGUCCUUGGGGUUUGUUUUCCCAGAAUGCAACGGAAAGUUGGCUCGGGCAAGACGUGAAUGUGAGUACAUGUUUAAUAUUUUAACUCAAAAAGCUCAAAAAAGGUAUAAACAAAAGGCGCUCACAGCGGAGGUAAAACAACUUGGCUAUGAAAACAAAAGGCGCGCACAAAGGCGGAGAACAAGCUUGACUACUUAAACAAAACUUGCAAAAAGGCAAAAACCUAUGAACAUGAAACAAAAACUUACUUGGCAAGGAACUGUGAACAUGGCAUGAAGCAGAGUGAUGAUAAAGUGUGAUGUCGCCAGAAAGACAGCCUGGCAACUGGAAGCUUAAAUAAUAGUGACAUGAUUAGUGACAGCAGGUGCGUGACUCAAAAUGUGAAAACGUAAGACAGGUGCGUGACAUGAAGAUGUGAACCAGGUGAAACUAAUGGUUGCUAUGGUGACAAAACAAACAAAAGUGCACAAAAAGUCCAAAAACAAAACCGAACAUGACUAAAACAAAACAUGAUCACACAGACAUGACACAUUCACACUCACAUUCACACACUAGGGCCAAUUUAGUGUUGCCAAUCAACCUAUCCCCAGGUGCAUGUCUUUGGAUAUAUAUAUAUAUAUAUAUACAUAUAAAGAUACAUCUUGGAUGAAAACCAACACUUCCAAACUGAUGGAGCUUGAGAGGUGCUGCAAAGAGGAAUAUGGUGAACCUGCCCAACGACAGGUGUGCCAAGCUUAUGGCAUCAUAUUCAAAAAGACUUGAGGCUGUGAUUGCUGCCAAAGGUGCAUCAACAAAGUAUUGAACAAAUGCUGGGAAUACUUAUGUGUAUGUGAUGUUUAAUAUUUUAGUAAAUCUGCUAAAUUCAAAGAAAAAAAAAAAAGUUUGACAUUGUCAUUAUGGGGUAUUGUCUGUUGAAUUUUGAGCAAAAAAAAUAAUUUAUUCCACUUUGGAAUAAGGCUGUAACAACAAAAUGUGGGGAAAAAGUGAAUACUGUACACUACACUACACUACCUUGUAUGUGUUGAGGAAUGACAUAUUUGUAUAAUGUUAACACAAAAGCUAAAGUAAUCUUACAUACUCACCAAAAUAUUAAGUGUUUUUUUUCUGUGAUGAAAAACACACCCGUGACCUUUUUAAUCAAUGCUAUUGAUAAACGCACCAUGGGAUUUCUUCCCACAGAGAUGCACUUUGAAGAAGACAACGGCCCGGCGGUCAGUUGUUGCAACGGCAAACUGAGGCAAUGGCUGAUCGAUCAGAUUGACAGCAAGAGAUACCCGGGCCUGGUUUGGGAGAACACGGAGAAAACCAUCUUCAGGAUUCCCUGGAAGCAUGCGGGCAAGCAGGACUACAACAGAGAGGAGGACGCCGCCCUCUUUAAGGCGUGGGCUUUGUUCAAGGGGAAAUACAAGGAAGGUGUGGACAAGCCAGACCCCCCCACGUGGAAAACAAGACUGCGCUGCGCUCUCAAUAAAAGCAAUGACUUCGACGAGCUGACAGGGAGAAGCCAACUGGACAUCUCGGAGCCUUACAAAGUCUACAAGAUCAUUCCGGAGGGAGCCAAGAGAGGUGCAGUAACAGGGGCAAGGAUGAGCAGUGUUGAGGACGCAUCGCAUUCCUUUGAUUUUAAUCCGCCUUACUCAGCUCUGCACAGCCAAGUACAAACCUAUAUGGUUUCCCAUGAGAGAAGAGACUGGAGGGAUUUCAAACCAGAAGAGCAACAUGUUCCUCCCGUGCAUCACCGUGGACCUUAUGGAGAGCUGCAGUACUUCUCUUCAUCAUUCAGCCGGCCGUGGCCUGAGUCCCAGUCAGAAAGUGGUUUUCAGUUCUCCUUCCACCCCUUUGUGUCUGAGCCUCAGCCUCUUUUGUAUAAUCUGGACCACAGCAACGUCAUUAGAGAUUUUAGCCUGCACGUGUCCUUAUUCUACAGGGAGUCUCUGGUCAAAGAGGUGACCACCACCAGCCUGGAAGGUUGUCGGAUCACCCCUCCUUCCCCCUCCUUCUCAUCGCCGUCAUCCUCUUCACCGUGCCUGCAGGACAAGUUUCACAGCGGGGCCGAUGUUGUUCCAUUCCCAUUCCCGUUCCCCGAGUCUCAAAGGCAGGGUGCGGAGAGGCUUUCUAGUAUCCUGGAGGGGGGAGUGCUUCUGUGGAUGACACCGGACGGCCUGUACGCCCGGCGCCUUUGCCAAGGACGUGUAUUCUGGGAGGGACCCCUCGCUCCUUACAUGGAUAAACCCAAUAAGCUGGAGAAGGAGCAGCCCUGCAAACUGUUUGACACCCAGCAGUUUCUAAUUGAGCUUCAAGAUUUUGUCAACAAUGGACGACAUCUACCCAAACACCAGGUGGUUCUAUGUUUUGGAGAUGAGUAUCCCACCCCACUGAGGCCAAAAAAGAUGAUCACAGCACAGGUGGAGCCAGCGUUUGCCAGAAAAUUGGUGAACUAUUACCAGCAGAGCAAUGGCCACGACCCGCAGCCUUAUGAACACAUCCAGGAACUAAACACAUCAAAUAUAAACGCUCUUUCCCCCGAGAGACCCUCACUUAUUCAGGAGGGACACAUAUAAAGCACAACCACUAUCCCAUCCAUAAAAUAAUCUGUUGAAUGAA